UACUAAAGGAAUUGAGGCCAUUGCAGUGUCCGCAAGCUGAGUCGGCAUUAGUUUGACAUUGAUUUUUAAACAAAUAUAAUAAAACAAGGAAGUAAAUUCAUUAUUGUCUUUGUGACAGAAGAAAUAUGUUCUCCAUUCAAAUAUGGAACUGACACAGAGUUGUGUUCGCGCGCUUUUCUGACAUUUAAUUUCUUUUUAAAUAGUGAAGUGCUGUGGUCUAUGGUGUUUUGUGAAACUUUUUGGUUUUUUUAAUAAAAGAGGUUUUACUGUUUAGUGUUAAAAUGUCGGCUUGUCACAAGGACAGCGCUCGUCCCUUGGACGCGGUUGCCAUAAUGAAAGAAAAGAGUAAGAAUGCUGCUCGCUCCAGAAGAGAGAAAGAGAAUGCAGAGUUUCUAGAGCUAGCCAAGCUCCUCCCACUACCAUCCGCCAUCACAUCACAGCUGGAUAAGGCAUCCGUGAUACGGCUGACGACUAGCUAUUUGAAAAUGCGACAAGUAUUCCCUGAUGGUUUAGGAGACGCAUGGGGUGCAGCACCACCUCCUCCCCAGCCCAGAGAGCUGUCCAUACGAGAGCUGGGCUCCCAUCUCCUGCAGACCCUGGAUGGGUUCAUAUUUGUCGUGUCCCCUGAUGGGAAGAUCAUGUAUAUUAGUGAAACAGCAUCUGUGCAUCUUGGGUUGAGUCAAGUAGAGCUGACGGGGAACUCGAUAUACGAGUAUAUACACCAGUCAGACCACGAGGAGAUGACGGCAGUACUCAGUCUGCAGCACCCUCACUCCUACCAACCUCACCAGUAUCCCAGUCUUGGGUAUCCAGUGGGAGGCACGUGGGGCCCGACAGUGGACAUCGAGUGUGAGAGAGCGUUCUUCAUCAGAAUGAAAUGUGUGCUCGCCAAGCGAAACGCUGGACUCACAACAUCAGGGUAUAAAGUGAUACACUGUUCAGGGUAUCUUCGAGCGAGGCGGUUCGGUGAAGGCUGGGCACCACUCGGCCUCAUCGCAGUCGGACACUCGCUACCACCAUCUGCCGUCACAGAGCUGAAACUACACUCCAAUAUGUUCAUGUUCAGAGCUUCACUGGACAUGCGGCUGAUAUUCUUGGAUGCAAGAGUGGCAUCGCUGACAGGGUAUGAGCCUCAGGACCUGAUUGAGAAGACGCUGUAUCACUACAUACAUGGAACCGAUGUGUUACAUAUGAGGCACUCACAUUGCACACUGCUAACCAAAGGGCAGGUGACGUCCAGGUACUACCGCUUCCUCACGAAGAGCGGAGGAUGGGUGUGGAUGCAGAGCUACGCCACCAUCGUCCACAACUCCAGGUCGUCACGGCCGCACUGCAUCGUGUCCGUCAACUACGUUCUCAGUGACAUAGAAGAGAAGCACCUAAUACUAAACAUCAGCCAGGGGACACCAAAGCACACGCCGGUAGAAUGUCCCACGCCAUCACACGUCCCCACCACCACGACAUCACCGCAAAUGCCUCAUGUGAGGCAUCCAGAGAAAAUACCAGUACCAGUCGCUGAAAGCGAGUAUAGCGACUCAAGUGGGGGAUACAACUACCCGGAAUACAUCCCAGUAAUACCCCCUUAUGAAACACAGGAAGAGUACCAGCAACAAAACGGGUCUUACCAGGAAAUAUUCUACGAAAACUAUACAGAUACAGGAGAAAUUUUACCAAAUUAUGUCAGUUUCCCACAAAACCAGCGUCCCUUCUCAGCCAGUUCCUCAUCAUGCAGCUCAAUAGAAGGCUCGGAGAUACCAAACCAAUACAACUACACCAAUCUAAUAUCGUUUCUCCACAACCAGAAUCAGAAUGGGCGGCCAGUAGGGGAAAACUUCGGUGGGUCUUUUGGGAAGAUCACGCCGUCUCCUACGGUUCAGGAGGGGGGAUAUACGAGUGUGAUAGUGGAUAAUACGCAGCAGUUUCAUCACCAUGGUGGGGGGGUGAAUGAGUUUGUACAUUGACAGCUGUAGUGUGAGACAGAGAGGUACAAUUUGUUUGUGAUGCUGGUUCAAAUUUGUGAACUGUGGCCGUAUAGUCCCGAUUGCCAGAUCCAUUGGUUUUGGAUGUGUGAUUUAAUUUAUAUGUUCAUAUUAUGUUGUAAUGUAUGUGUUUGGUUCAAUAAGAAUGAUUGGAAUUGAAAUCGGUUGCGCAGUCAGAUAGUGAAUUGGAUUUUUAACUUUAAUUCGAGAUUUGUAAGGUUGGAAAUCGAUUGUAAAUACAUGACUGAUCGAUUUCUGUAGGAGGUGAUUCUUCAAAAAGUUAACGGCGUCAUUAUCCUCAACCAAAUGUUAACAAUUCUGCCGAUUGAAACACAAAAUUUGGUUUCAUUAAAUUAAGCUGUGACACUGCUCUCAACCAAUCCAAUA